AUGACGGCCGUCGGAGGUCUGCCGCCCCGUCCGGCCAGCCCCGACCGUCUGUUGCCGCCGCUCGCGGACUUUAUUCAAAAAUGGCGCGGCGCAGUCAACAACCGCAGGGAGCCCGACAAGCCGGUGCCGCUCAAGAGCAGCGGCGAGCGUGGCACCGACGGCGAGGUCUGCCUCGUCAGCAAGAGCCCGUACCGCAUACUGAGGUGCGCCGAGUCUGGCAACCUGAAGACGUUCCGCGAGCUGCAUCAGGAGGACCCGGAGCGGCUGAAGUUCCGGGACGACCAGCGCGGCCGCGGCGCCGCCCACUACGCGGCGACAGCCAAUCGCGCCGAGAUCCUCAGAUACAUCGCUUCGGUGGAUGGAGACCUGAACGGCAUCGACAAUGAGGGCCAGACGCCACUGCACCUGGCUGUGGAGAACUCAGCUCUGGAUGCUAUCACCUGCCUCAUUGAGAGGGGCGCCGACACGACCGUGCUGGACGCCAACCAGCGCUCGCCGUUCCACCUGGCCGUGGCGCUGGACCUGCCGAGCGUGCUGCGUCUGCUGGCCAAGCUCCGCGAGCACGUGGACAGCAGCCAGCUGACGGUGCACGGCCGGGAUGCGCUGCACGUGGCCGCGCUGCUCAACCGCGCCCAGUGUGCCCGUGUCCUGCUGGAUGAGUUCGGCAUGGUGCCCAACAAGUACUGCAAGAACGGCUUCACGCCAAUUCACGAGGCUGCGCGGCGAGCCAGCUUCGAAACGAUGCAAGUGUUCACCAACUGGGGAGAGACGCACGGCUGCGCGGCCGGCCGCAUCAUGCAGUGUACCGACAUCGAGGGCAACAUGCCGCUCCACCUGGCUGUCCACUCCGGCGACAUCAAGGCGGUGGAGCUAUGUCUGCGGUUCGGGGCUCGGAUCAGCAGCCAGCAGAACGACCUGUCGACCCCGGUCCACCUGGCCUGCGUGCAGGGCUCGCUCGACAUCACGCAGCUAAUGCUGGACUCGCAGCCGGAGGAGAAGUGGACAGUACUGAACCUGCGCGACUCCUCGGACAUGACGCCUCUGCACUGCGCAGCCAAGUUCGACCACCCCCAUCUGGUGGAAUACCUCCACAAACAGGGCGCCGACCUGAACGUGCUGGACAGUGAGGAGCGCACGCCGCUCAUGCUGGCCGUGCUACGCUCGUCGUGGAGCGCUGCCCGCGUGCUGAUCCAGCUGGGGGCCGAGGCGCACAUCCCGGACCUGGGCGGCCGCAACCUGCUGCAUUUCCUCGUCAUGAACAGCGGCCGCGUGGACGACCUGCUCAGCGCGAGCCCGAAGGGACAAGAGGUGUUCGCGCGGAUGAUCAAUGAGCAGGACGGCGUGGGCUGCACGCCGCUCCACUACGCCUCGAGGGACGGCCACAUCCGCUGCCUGCAGCGCCUCAUGGACCUCGGCGCCUGCCCCAACGUUAAGGACGUCAACAACGAGAGUCCCCUCCACUUCGCCGCCCGCUUCGGUCGUUACAACACGGUCCGGUCGCUGCUCAGUUCCCGCAAGGGUCAGUUCAUCAUCAACGGCAUCGACAGCGCCGGCCGCACGCCGCUGCACAUCGCCAGCGAGAACGGUUACGCUCGCGUGGUGCAGCUGCUCAUCAGCCGCGGCGCGCUGCUCAACCGCGACUUCGAGGGCCUGACGCCGCUGCACUUGGCAGCGCGCGAGGGCUACACGCACACCAUGAGCCUGCUGCUGGCCACGCACACCCAGCUGCUGGACCAGCGAGACAAGACUGGGUGUACGGCGCUGCAUCUGGCCUGCCUGGCCAACAAGCCGUCCGCCAUCAACCUACUGCUCUCGCUGAACUGCGAGCUGACGUCCAACAACGAAGGCUACACGGCAAUGGAUUACUGCAUCAAGCUCAAGCUGGUGGAGGCCGCCCGCGCCAUGGUCACCAACGACCCCUCCAGUGACCGUGUUUUGAACGACGUCAAAGGCAGUUACAAGAGCAUAGUGUUAGCCCUGAUCGAAGGCAUGCCGAAGGUCCUGGAGGACGUCAUGGAUCGCCACAUCAUAUUCGCCAACUGCAAGAAAGACGCCGAGUCGUUCUUCAUCAAGUACGACCUUACCAUGUUCGAGCCGGAGGAGAAGCGCAUCCAAGCCAUCCGCGAGGCCCGCGGCGACAGCAAGUGGCGGCCCGAACCGCUUCGGGCCGUCAACCACAUGGUACGUCACGGUCGGAUCGAUCUGCUCAUGCACCCGCUGACCCAGCGCUACCUGGUGAUGAAGUGGCAGGCCUACGGCCGCUUCUGCCACCUGUUCUCACUCCUGCUAUACGCCAUCUUCGUGUUCCUUGUCACCCUCAACGCCAUGAACCUGAUGCACCUGGUGCGCAAGUGCCCCGUGCUGCUGGAUGAAAACGGCAGCGUCAGGAUCCUCAAGGCCGAUGUGGGCAACAUCACGCGAAGCGAAGAUGAGGACAACGGUGGCGGGCAGGACUUCUGCGGUCGAUCCCUGCAGCAGGCGUUCGUGUCGGAGGAGACGUCGAUCUGGAGCUCCAUGAUCAUGGUGGCCGUCAUUGUGUUUGGCAUUCUGAACCUGCUGAAGAAAAUGCUACAGAUGUGGAACCAGAGCUGGAGUUUCAUCAAAGAGUUUGACAACUACCUGGAGCUGGCCAUGUACGUGUCGGCCCUUCUGAGCGUGACGCCCGUGUUCUACCCCGAGGUCAGCCACUGCCACAUCAUUGCGGCCGCCAUCGCCGUCUUCCUGGCCUGGUACAACAUGCUGCUCUACCUGAGAAGCUUCGAGUCGGUCGGAAUAUACGUGGUGAUGUUCGUGGAGAUCCAGAAGACCCUGCUGCGGGUGCUCGUCAUCUUCUCGGUGCUCAUCAUCGCCUUCGGCCUAGCUUUCUUCAUUCUGAUGUCGAGCGGCAACCAUCCGGAGUUCAGCAGCGUAUCCAUCUCGCUGGCGCGCACGUUCAACAUGAUGCUGGGUGAGAUCGACUUCCUGACGGUGUACGUGUACCCCUGGCUGGCGCCUCCACAAAACACCAGCGGCGUCGGCCUGGUGGCACCAAGCGGCGGUGGCGGCCGCCGGGCCGGGGGCCACCUCAUCCAGCAGCGAGCCGCGGUUGGUAACAUCACAGCACCACUGGUCCCCAUCAGCGGUCUGGGCAAGCGGUUCCUGCCGUUCGCCAACAUGUCGUUACUGCUGGUGAUCGUGUUCAUGGUGAUGAUGCCGAUCCUGCUGAUGAACCUGCUGGUCGGCCUUGCGGUUGGUGACAUUGAGGCCGUCAGGAAGAACGCCGCGCUGAAGCGGCUGGCCAUGCAGGUUGACCUGCACACGGGUCUGGAGCGUAAGCUGCCGCAGGCGUUCCUGGAGCGCGUGAAGAAGACAGAGGUGAUAGAGUACCCGAACACGCGAACUUGCUCCAAGGGCUCGUCGGCCGCCCCGCUGACUAGGCUGCUCCGGUUCUUGCUCUACCUGAUCACGCCCAGCCAUGGCACCCACAUGAAGACCAUCGACUACCUGGAGGAGGCGGCCAUCGCCGAGCAGAACCAGCAGUAUCAGCAGCUGGACAAGCUGAAGCGUCGACUCAAGGAGACCUCCUGCACCGUCGAAACCAUCCACAAGCUGAUGCGACUGGUCGUCACCAAGAUGGAGAUCCACAUGGAGGCGGAGGAUGAGGACGAGGGUGGCGACUCAGAGCGAGCGCGGCGAGCGUCGACGCAGGCGGGGAGAUACGUCUCUCUUCGACAGGAGAAUGUGCUGGAGCUGGCCGUGAACAUGCUGAAGUCACGGCUGCACGGCAAUAAUCAGACAGGGGGCUGA